CUGUAUAAAGUAGUAAUAGUCAAAUUUAAGGUUUCAAAAUAUUAUUAAUAAUGUUAGUUUAGUAAAAUACAUCUCUAAUUAAUUUUUUUAAGGGAUGUCAUAUAUAUAUAGAAGAGUCAAGUGAUAUGAAACGAAUGGAGUAUAACCGUGGAGCAAAGAAAAAAUAUACGUAUACAUACAUAUACACACAUUGAAUGCAUAUUAUAUUAAAAUAACGGUCAUAAAAAUAAUAUUAAUUUUGUGAUAAGUUUUUAAAUAUAUUAUUCUACUUAUAAUGUUUAAGAACUUAAAGAAAAAAUUAUAAAUAUCUAUGUUAAAAAGUAAACUAUAUAUAAUAUAAAGAGAUAUUAAAUAGAUGUGAUAUAACAAAGAUAAAAUGGACAAUGCACGGGAUAAAGGGGGAAGUUUGAUUAUUGUUUAAAAUUGAGGGCGGAGUUUGAUUUUAAAAGCAAAGUUGGGGGUGAAAAUAAUUUUCACCCAUUAAUUAACCAUUUUAUUUUUUUUAAAAUAAAAUAAAAUGAAUUGUAUACCAUACACAAAUAAAAGAAAUAUAUACACAAAUAAAAGAAAUAUAUGAAGACUUUUUAUUCUUAUUUGUUUAUUAUUUCAAAGAGCAUGGGGAAUAGGAAAGAGUCAACUUUAUUUUUGAAGAAACUUAGGAUAAAUAAAUGUAAAAAUCAAAAUAAGAAUAUUAUGAAAUUUUUAUAAUCAAAUGUUAUCAUAUUUUUUUUUUUACCAUUUUGGUCAAUUGUGACUGUGGGAGUACAUUUUUCCCCAAAGGAGGCAGUGACUUUAUAAUAAAUAAUAAUGUAAGUAGAAAACAAGAACUUACAUGCCCAAGUAUAACAAGAAGACAAGGCAAUAGUUUGUUCAGCGAAGAAAACAAUGGAUUAUAUAGUCAUUAUAGGUGGAUUGCUACUUGCCUGGACUUUGGUUCAGUGCAUUCGUUGGCUCGCAAUAAGCAAAAGAUGUCACAAGAAACUUCCACCAGGACCAAAUCCCCUGCCCUUCAUUGGAAAUCUUCACAACAUACUUGGUGGUCAACCUCACCAGUCCCUUGCCAAACUUGCCGAAAAAUAUGGCCCAAUAAUCAGCCUCAGAUUGGGCCAAAUGACGACAGUGGUUAUAUCUUCAUCAGCCAUUGCUAAAGAAGUCUUACAAAAGCAAGAUUUGGCCUUUUCUAGCAGAACAAUUCCAGAUGCAAUCUAUGCUCUAAAUCACUACCAAUUUUCAGUGGUAUGGCUACCAGUGGCUAAUCGAUGGAGAAGCCUAAGGAAAAUAUUGAAUUCCUAUAUCUUCUCCGGCAGCAGACUUGAUGCAAAUCAACAUCUCAGGUCCGGAAAGAUCCAAGAUUUUAUUGCUUAUUGCAGUCGAUGUAGCCAAACUGGUGAAGCAGUGAAUAUAGGCCAAGCUGCUUUCGAGACCUCUAUGAAUUUACUUUCGAAUACCAUUUUUUCCAAGGAUGUCGUGGACCUUUAUGCAAAUUCAGGUAAAGAAUUCAAGGAUGUGGUGUCGAACAUCAUGGAAGAUGCUGGUAAGCCCAAUUUGGCUGAUUAUUUCCCCGUGUUUAAAACGAUUGAUCCUCAAGGAAUAAGACGAAGAGUAGGCAAGCAUUUCGGUAAGUUGCUUCAGCAGUUUGAGGGAUUGCUUGAUGAACGAUUGGAGCAAAGGAGGAAAUCGGUAACUAUUGGUAGCACUGACGUUCUUGACGUUCUGUUAAAUACCGGCAAAGAAGAUCCUCAGGCAAUCGACAGAAAUCACAUAGAACGGUUAUGCCUGGACCUUUUCAUUGCGGGAACGGAUACAACUUCAAGUACAUUAGAAUGGGCAAUGGUAGAGGUCAUGAGAAAACCAUACAUAAUGAAAAAAGCUAAAGCUGAACUUGCUGAAGUUAUUGGGCAAGGCAAGGCAAUAGAAGAAGCAGACGUUGCCCGUCUCUCUUAUCUACAGUGCAUAGUUAAAGAAACCUUACGGAUGCACCCGCCAGUACCCUUUUUGAUUCGCAAGGUAGAUCAAGACGUCGAGGCGUGUGGCUAUUUUGUCCCGAAAGACUCUCAAGUAUUAGUGCACGUAUGGUCAAUAGGUCGUGAUCCAGCUAUAUGGGAGGAUCCUUUGACAUUUAAGCCUGGGAGAUUUUGGGACUUGAAAAUGGACGUUCGUGGCCAAGAUUUUGAACUCAUUCCAUUUGGUGCUGGUAGAAGAAUUUGCCCGGGGUUACCUUUGGCAACCAGGACACUUUCUGUUAUGUUGGGUUCAUUGUUGAAUUCAUUUGAUUGGAAAGCUGAAGGCGAUAUUGCACCAGAAGAUUUGGAUGUAGAAGAAAAGUUUGGUAUUACACUAGCGAGAUCGCGUCCUUUGCUAGCUGUUCCUAUUCAGCUUUAAACGUCGGUUUUAAAUUGAGCAUGUAAUAAUGUUGUUAUUGAAUAAGUCAACAUGACACACGUUGCUGAAAGUUAUCAGCUAAUAAUAAUUCAGAUCGGCUGCUUUCUAUACAUCGCUUGGGAGAUCAGAAUAUAGCUUGUGUGAAAAACU